UUGAAACUUAUAUGACCUUACUGAUGGCUAAUUCGAAUGCAUCAGCUUUGCAAUUAACUUCAGGAACCAUAGAACAAAGUCAACAAACACAUAUGUCAAUGCAAAACACAAACUUAUCUCAACAGUACCGUAAUAGAUCAGAUGGUCCGAUUGCCAUACUUUGGGACAUGGAGAAUUGCCCUGUUCCUAGUGACAUACGCCCCGAAGAUGCGGCUGGUAAUAUCCGUAUGGCCUUACGGGUCCACCCUAUUAUUAACGGAGUGGUAACUGCUUUUUCUGCUUAUGGGGAUUUCAAUGGAUUUCCUAGGCGUUUAAGAGAGGGAUGUCAAAGGACGGGUGUCAGACUUAUAGAUGUGCCAAAUGGGAGAAAGGAUGCAGCUGAUAAGGCGAUAUUGGUUGACAUGUUUCUUUUUGCUCUUGAUAAUCCACCACCGUCUUCAAUCAUGUUGAUUUCUGGUGAUGUUGACUUUGCUCCCGCGCUUCACAUACUUGGUCAACGUGGGUAUACUGUGAUUCUUGCGAUUCCAUCUGGGGUGGGUGUUUCGUCUGCAUUGAGUAAUGCUGGUAGUUUUGUUUGGGACUGGCCUAGUGUGGUUCGUGGAGAAGGGUUUGUGCCCCCCUCGAGAACCGUGGCUCCUAAUCGGGGGUUGGGUCCUACCGAAGUGGCUAACUUUUUCAUGGGGUGUCAGAUAACUGACAACUCAGAUUUUCAAAACGAAGAAGAAGCAAUUGUAUAUAGAGGGGUCUCUCAAAGGUAUUACAAUUCUAAAGAUUUUUCGAUGGUAUCACAGUCGUUGGCUGAAUACAACAGUGCAUCUUGUUUCCCUUCAACGUCAAGAUCUUACAGUCUGCCGUCUGGUUUAAAUGAUGUGCCAGUACGACAUGUGGCUUCUUAUGAACAGAAUGAUUUAAUGUGGGUUCAGCCGGGAGAUCUGAUUGGUUUAAAGGGCCAACUCGUGAAGCUCCUAGAAAUGUUUAAUGGUUGUUUGCCUCUUGGCCGUCUUCCUGCUGAAUAUCAGAAAAGUUUCGGGAGACCACUUUAUGUUGCGGAAUAUGGAUCUGUCAAACUCGUCAAUCUUUUGAAAAAAAUGGAUGAUAGAUUCGCCAUUGAAGGGAAAGGGCAGAGGAAAUAUGUGUAUCUUAAGAAAGGUUUAACUGGGCCCAACUCCUCUCCAUCAGAUGUGGGAAAGAAUGACAGGAAAGGGAAGAUUGCCCGAGAAGUGAACUUGGAUGUUGGCUCAGGUGUUGGAUCUUCAGACGAGUUUUCUGAGGAUGAAAGGGUAGUGUUGGAAGAGCAGGAAGAAAGCCUAGACCAGUUUAAGUUUGAGCUACAGGAGAUUCUAGUGAGCUAUUCAUGUCGGAUUUUCUUGGGUUGUUUUGAAGCGAUCUAUCAACAACGAUACAAACGACCAUUGGAUUUUGAAAGAUUUGGUGUGAGUGAAUUGGAGGAUCUGUUUGAAAAGGUGGAUGAUGUUGUGUCAUUACUAGAGGAACCAGUAACCAAGAAGAAGUUCCUGGUGGCAGGUGGCUGCUAAACACAUUAAUCUGCCAUAUCGUGAACCCUGAGGUUUGCUUGUGUUUUUCAGAAUUUCUAAAAUUGAUUGUGAAAAAAUCGGCCAAGUGGAACUUCUUGCUCACUGUGAUUGCCGUGUUCCUGAUACGUAUAUGAAUCUAUGGCAUCCGCGGUUUCUGUUAUGGCUUUGCUGUGCCAGAUGGAGAUUUAUCUGGAGAAAAUGCACUGGUUUUGUGCUUUGAGUUGAUGUGGCCAACAGUCACUCUGCCAUAAAAGUCCAAGGAGGAUCCAUUUCAGCUUAUACGUGUGCUGCUAUGAUUUUUCUGCAAUGGUGAUCUAGAAUUCUAAAUGGUUGAUACGCCUCAUGGUUUUAAAGGAGAUUUGCCACAUGACAGUUUGGUUGAGCGUUUGAGAAUCCCAGUGGCUUUUGUGAAGAAGAGCUGGUUCAAAGAGGUUUUGGUUUCUUGCUACUGCAUUUCUUUUACUUCAUGUAUAUCUGUAUGCAAAACUUACUUGCUGGGGAUACAUGAGUUACCGAUCUAACAAACUUCAGAAUCUUUUAAAUUGGUGGUACUUGUAAUUGUAAUUGCUGGGGAUACGGAGCUUCACAUGUUGUACUUGUAAUUGGUGGUAUUAAUAAUUGUACAUUUGUUUACUCUGCGUGUAAUAAAGGUUCAUAUUUUGAUAAACAAUGAACAUGUACUUA